CGUGCGCGCGCCUGACAUCACUCCUGCUUUGCUCGGUUUGACAGCGGCACGGUGACGCCUCAGUGAGACGCUGUGUGCGCGUAACGGCGCGCGCCUCCGCACUUUCUUCCGCGUCGCCGCUCGCGUUUCCAAGUUUUCUCUCCAAACCUAAUGUCCGCGGAGACUGCAUCAGGGUCUUCAGAGUUGAUGCCAACCUUUAGUGCUCCACCUGAAGACCGCCUAAACAUGCGCUCUGAGCCUAAUGCGCAGCGACGGAGUUUAUCCAUUUGCCUACAGCUCGCCAAAAUUGGCGCUUUUCUCUCGUGUGCUCGCUGAACGCUCCCGAGGAUGAAGUUUGGCCAAAGCGUUUGCAUCUUAAACGUGGGCGGCACGCGGUACGCUUUUCCCAUGGAUGUGCUGAAGGACUUCCCUCUGAGGAGAGUGAGCCGCCUGCACAGCUGCGCGUCGGAGCGAGAGGUGCUCGAAGUGUGCGACGACUACGAUCGGGAGCGCAACGAGUUCUUCUUCGACCGCCACGCUGAGGCUUUCGGCUUCCUCAUGCUCUACGUGAAGCACGGCAAACUGCGCCUGGUGCCACGCAUGUGCGAGCUCUCCUUCUACAACGAGAUGAUCUACUGGGGUUUGGAAAGCUCGCACCUGGAACUGUGCUGCCAGCGUCGUCUGGACGAUCGCAUGUCCGACACAUGCACCCACUUCACCGAGGAGGAGCGCCGCGUCGGGGACAAAGACGACCAAAAGGAGAACGAGCAGAGGAGGCAGCGAGGCACUGGCCGCGUUAAGGACGCCAAGUGGCUCGAGAGCAUGCGCAGGACCUUCGAGGAGCCCGCGUCCUCAGUGGCCGCGCAGAUUCUCGCUUCCGUCUCCGUCCUCUUCGUCAUUGUGUCCAUGGUGCUCCUGUGCGCGAGCACUCUGCCCGACUGGAAAACAGCCGAAAGUAACAUGGUGGAGGAGCACAGGUACACAGAGUCUAUAGACCAUCCGGCCGGGAUCAUCGAGGCGGUGUGCAUUGGCUGGUUCACAGCAGAGUGCAUCGUCCGUUUCCUUGUGUCACGUGACAAGUGUGAGUUUGUGCGACGUCCACUGAAUAUCAUUGACCUGCUGGCCAUAACGCCUUAUUAUAUCUCCGUGACCAUGACAGUCCUCACUGGUGAGAACUCACAGCUGCAGCGGGCUGGCGUGACACUGCGUGUACUGCGCAUGAUGCGCAUCUUCUGGGUGAUCAAGCUGGCUCGCCACUUCCUGGGCCUGCAGACGCUGGGCCUAACACUGCGCCGCUGUUACCGGGAGAUGGUCAUGCUGCUGGUGUUCAUCUGCGUGGCCAUGGCCAUCUUUGGGGCCCUGGCCCAGCUGCUUGAGCAUGGACUUGACCUGAAGUCCAGCAAUGAGGAGUAUGCCAGCAUCCCUGCCGCCUGCUGGUGGGUUAUUAUCUCCAUGACGACUGUCGGCUAUGGAGACAUGUACCCCAUCACCGUGCCAGGGCGUGUGCUAGGAGGCCUUUGUGUGGUGAGUGGCAUAGUGCUGCUGGCACUGCCCAUUACUUUUAUCUACCACAGCUUUGUGCAGUGCUACCAUGAGCUCAAGUUUCGAUCUGCUCGCUGCACCAGGAGUCUCUCGGCUGAGUUCCUCAACUGACUGUGUCUCUGUCAGACUUUAGUGUGGACCUGUCUCUCAUCACUAUUUCAAUAAUAGAUUCAGUUGGUCCUCUAGGCUCAGUGAUUGAUCCAACUCAGUCAAAUAUCUGGUCUCAGGUAGAGUUUAGGGGCUUGGUCUUAAAUGAGUUUACAUGUGCUUAGCCCAUCUGGUACUCAACUCAGUCCACUGAGGAGCUCAGUGUCUACAGAGAUUAGUUCCAGCCCUGCUCCACAUAAAUUAAUUUCACUAGAAACAAAGACUGGAACCCAUUCAGUCAGGUCAAGUGUUGUGGUGCAUAGUUGGAACAAAUACUGUGGACUCUGUGUCCCUCCAUGGUCCAGGUUGAGAGUCCAUGGUUUACCCUGCAAGUCCACCUCUGACAUACAAAUUUUCAGGAAGCCAGGAUUCACUCAGCUGUGCUGUUUUUACCAUAGCGACAGUUACUGGGCUUUCACAGUCGUAGGCAAGGCUACCAUGGAAACAUUGGCUUUCAGACCAUAUAUCCCGGUCAGGGGCAAACUACUGAAACUGCUGGUGGGCAGCUUUGACUUGUCUACCAGAGACCUCAAGCACACUCGUCACGGGCUAAAAAGCUUCAUCCUCACAGCCAGACAGGCAUGCACUUCAUCCGCUAGCUGUGGUAUGCAGCCACUGAAAGAUUUUAGUUUCUGUCAACUAGACAUCCUACAGUUUGGGCAAACAUACAGGAGAAAAACAAUUCAUUUCACUCAUUUCACCGAGUUCUUUUUAAUUAUAAAGGCAUUGUUUGUAUAAAAACAAGUUCCCAGAACUCAGCAGUCCAGCUUCCCUGAAACAAAACGUUGGGUGGUUAUAUAAGCAUUACAGGGUGAAAUGUGCAAACACUCAUUGAAAUUAUUGUGUAAAAUCCAAUGAUGUGUGACACAAAAUCUGCAGGGAUAUUGGAAAACCAAGAGCGAGAGAGAGAGAGAGAAAUAGAAAGAGAGCAGUAGAGAGGACUGAUGCUUAGCUGGGGAGGCAACUGUGCAGCAUUGGCAAAUAUGUAAAGUGGAACACAGUGAGCUGCUACUGAGUGAGAACAGUGAUAGAUGGUUUGAUUGGCCAUGCAAUACAUAUAAAGUUCGCCCCAAUUCACCACCGGCAUGCCUCCCUUGUAGCUCAAUAUAUCUUCACACUUGAGCAGUGACGAGCUUUGAGUAUUGUGCUAUACUAUGACAAAAACUAGUUUUCAUAGAAAGCCCUCUAGAGGGUUUAAGAAGGAUCCCUUUUUCUGUUCACUGGCCUUUUUUUUAUUUAGAUUUGCAUUUUUCAGGAUUAUUAUUAUUGCAAAAAAUUAUCCUGCUCAGACUAAAAAGAAAAAUAUACUGACAAAACUGCAUGUAAAUCAGUUAGUUAUGCUAAGGACUCUAGCUAUUCAUCACAUGCACAUCUUAUUUCAAAGAAAAGGAAGGUGUAAUAUCACACCCAAGAAACAGGUGAAAAAAGCAACUUUGACUUUACUGAAGAUCACACUCUAAAAAAAAAAAAAGGAAGUGAACAUCACAAAUUCACCUCAUAUCCAACAAUUUUUCUGUUAACUGGGUGAUACCCCUCCCUGCUAAUGCUGUUAUUUUCACUGAUGAACGUCUUCAUUCAUUUGCUGUCAUCUCAGUGCUUUCCUCUUGAGAAACUGAUGUCUUGAUUGGAAGAUGAUCCAUUCUGAGGGCCAUAAAAGGAAUGAAGAUGUGCCUGAUGUGCUAUAUCUUCCUUUUUGAUAAUUAAGCUCCAUGUCAUGUGGGAGGUCUACUUUCACUAUUCUCUUGCCUUUGCCUGACCCUGCUUUUUUGCUGCCUCUCUCUCUCUCCCGCUCUCUUUGAGAGCCAUUUCUGUACAAACACCGAGAUGAUAAAGCUAAAGAAAAGAGUGUGUAAAGCCAAUUUUCUGACUCCAAGGUCAUGAUGAAAGACUUUUCUCCCAAUACCUCUUAAAGGCCAGUUCAAUAUAUAUGGUAAACAUAAUUCUCAUUCACUUUACAUGUUAUGUAAACCAAACCCUAAUGAAAAGCUCAGGAUUUCAGUGAAAAUGAACGUGGCCAUCAAUUUGAGUGCCAAAGCUUGUUUAUACAAAUGCCCUCUUAAGCCAUGAAAUUUUAUAAGGAAGAUUACUUAAUUACUUAAUUGCUAAUACUGCCUGAGUCCUCACAGGAUGUAUAAAACUUUAGUUGGUGCCAUUUUAACAAUAUUCUGAAGAAUGAUAUUCAGUGUUUCCCUUUAAAUAGUUUUUAAGGAAAUUUAUAGCUUCAUUGACUCAUGGAUCACUUAAGUAUGCAUAGUGGGUUACAGUAUCUUAUGUACAAAUAUACAUUUUUGUACUAUUAAUUUAAGUGCUAAUAUAAAAUCCAGUGCCAAUACAGAAAAUUGUAUAUUAUGAUAGUGUUCUCAUACUGCCACUGUUCACUGUGAUGAAUCUACUACCUACCAACUGUAUAACUUUCUGUCAUUUGUCAUUUUACUCAUAACCUCAUGUUAUGUCAAUCGUAGAGAAAUUCUAAAUGUAACCCACAUUUGUAUAGAUUUUUGGCAUUUGAAGAUUAAGCCUGUUGUUUGCCACAUUGUGCAACAAUGUCCACAAAUAUUGAAUAAAGCAAAACAACAGACCGUUUUUGAAAAGACAUUUAAGGGAAAAAUAUAUUUCAAAAUGUAAUUGCUUAUCUUACACUAUGGCUUGAGCUUCUUGUAGGGGAAUUUGAAGGUAAUUUAGGGUUUAGAUACUUUGUUAUAGUCUAAUUGGUAGGUAGCUAGGCUACUUUUGUAAAAGUCUAGUUAAGCAUAAUGUCUAAAAUUCCAGUAAUCUUUUUUAAUUGUUUUUAGCGUUCCCUAUGUUUUUAAAAUAGAGACUCUAUUUUGUAUAAAGUAGCAUAAAAUAUGUGUCUGUAAAGGCUGAAACAAUUCUGUGAUAAACUAUGAAUAAAUUUAUCCUUGAUGGCUAAAUGUGAGGGUCUCUGUUUUCAUUUAUGGAUGUUUUAUUUUUGCAAAUUGGAUCGCUUUGAGACUUCAUGGAGAUGCAGGAUGCCUGGGAGAGUUAACCAAAGCAUUGGUGGAAGACGCAGGUUACUGAAGCCAUUUAAUCAGGGUGUUGUGAGAAAUGUGUGGUGACCUAGCAAAAGACAUUAGAUGUGUCUGUGGCUGAAUUCUGGCAAAUAACCAGGAAUAAGGUUUUGACCAAAAUAGUGUUUUCUGUCUAUAACAUACUUUGACAUCUCAACUUUAAGAAAUGAUAAAUAUCUUUCACCAAAAUAAUGUGAAAAUAGUGUUAUGUACUUUAUAAUUUUGUCU